AUGAGCUCCGAGCCCAGCGACAAGAAAUCUCACGAUGAGGAAACGCCCGUAGGAGAUGGCGGGCAGAUAAUGCAGCGAUUAUCGACGACAGAGUCCAUCUGGAUCGCUGAAUCACUUCCUUUCGGGCGAGAAGCUCUCUUCGUCGCGGUAGUUUGCAUGGCCCAAUUCUGUACGCAAUCCGCAUACAUGGGCACACUGGUCCUCCUCCGCACCAUCGGCGAAAGCUUUCACAUUAAUUCACCUCCCCGACUCGCCUGGCUCGUAGCAGGCUACUCACUCACCGUCGGGACAUUCAUCCUCAUCUCCGGCCGCCUCGGCGAUGUCUUUGGCUACAAGCGCAUGCUCCUCACCGGACUGACCUGGUUUUCUCUGUGGUCCAUGAUCGCCGGACUCAGCGUCUACUCUAACUACACGCUCGCCGUGUUUUCUCGCGUCCUCCAAGGCAUCGGCCCGGCAAUCUGUCUUCCCAACGCGCUGGCUAUCUUUGGAGCUGCGUACCCGCCUGGCCACCGAAAGGCAAUGGUAUUUGCGUUCUUCGGCGCGGUAGCCCCCAUUGGCGGUGUUUUCGGUGGAAUUUUCGCUUCGUUACUGACGCUGGCUUGGUGGCCGUGGGCGCUGUGGGCAAUGGCGAUUUGGUUGGCAAUCUUGGCGUUUAUAGGACGAUUUGCAAUUCCCGAUUUACCCCGGAAAUCGCCGCCUCCCAGAGGAUGGAAAGAUUGGAUUGAGACGCUAGAUCUAGGCGGUGCGUUUAUCGGCGUUGUCGCCUUGAUUCUGUUCAACUUUGCCUGGACACAAGCACCUAUUGCCGGCUGGGGAACACCGACGGUCAUUGUUCCUCUCGUUUUGGGCAUCUUGCUCUUUGCUGUUUUUGCAUUUGUCGAAUUCCGAAUUAGCUCGAAACCCUUACUACCCUUUUCCGCCGUCAAUGCGGACGUGGCAUUUGUUCUGGCAGCCGUGGCAUGCGGAUGGGCUACCUUUGGCAUCUUCACGCUCUACCUCGUCCAAAUCCUUCAGGAUAUCCGAGGUCUGUCGCCUCUCCUCACGACGACGUGGUUCAUCCCCGUCAUCUUCUCUGGUGCCUGUGCUGCCGUGGUGACGGGCAAGUUACUUGGUCCACUGCAAGUCAAGCCGCCGUAUGUCAUGACUCUAGCUCUUCUUGCGUUUACAAUCGGUGCCCUUUUGACGGCCUUGGCGCCCGCGCACCAAACAUACUGGGGUCAGACGUUUGUGGCGAUGCUCGUCAUGCCGUUUGGAAUGGACAUGAGCUUCCCUGCAGCGACCUUGAUUUUGUCGAAUGCGGUGCCGAAGCAGCACCAGGGCGUUGGGGCGAGCCUGGUCAACACGGUGGUCAAUUACGGAAUUGCAUUGGGCGUUGGAUUUGCAGGUACAGUGGAAGUACAUGUCCAUGGUAAGGGGGAAACAAUGGACGAGAAACUGAGAGGAUUUAGGGGGGCGUUAUUCAUGGGUGUAGGAUUGGCUGGGCUGGGGCUUGUCGUAAGUCUUGUGUUUUUGGCGAGAGAGCGAUUGUCAAGAAGAUAG